CUGGCGGUGACCCCAGGGAUGGAGAGGAGCACGGGGCGUGGGUCCCAUGGGGGGUUUUUUUUUGGGAAGAAGAGUUGGGUUUUCCCAAAUUCCACGAUCCCAAAACUUCCAGGGGAGUGCAAACAAUGAAGGAACCGUGCUGUAAAAAGCCGGAGGAAAGGAAAGCUGCAAUGUGUUUAAUUCCUCAGGAAGGUUGGGAAGUGUGCCAGGCGCUGCUCAGGGACACUGGGGGGACACAGCCCCCCUCAGCAAUAACCCCAAUAACCGGCUGUGCCCCAGUUCCAGGGCACCAUGGCCCAGGACAUGACCGAGAAGGAGCUGCUCAAGAUGGAGCUGGACCAGCUGAAGAAGGAGGUGAAGAACGAGAGGCAGAUGGUGUCCAAGACGGGCAAGGAGAUCAAGGAGUACAUCGAGUCCAUGGCGGGCGAGGACCCGCUGCUCAAGGGCGUGCCCGAGGACAAGAACCCCUUCAAGGAGAAGGGCGGCUGCACCAUCAGCUGACCGGCACCGCCGGUUCCUCCCGCUUCCCCCUAGUCUGACCUCGGGCAGCACCGAACCGACCCUAGCGCCAAGAAACGGGACAAAAAGGAGAAAUUUUAACAAGGGAAAAAAACCACCCAAACCCCACCCCCGCUGCCGCCGGGGCGCCGCGGCUGAGCUUCGGGUUCCCACGAGCAAAAAAAAGCGAAACUUCUGCAUUUUCAGCAGCCUGAGCGAGAGGGGGAUGGGGGGGAGAGAGAGCCCCGAGCCCGGAUUUGUCCUUUAUCCCAAAAUCCCGGAGCUCCCUUCCAUAGCAAUUCCGGCUGGGAUGGGCUGGGGAGGAUGGAGAUGGCACCAGCACCUCCUCCAGGUCUCUGCCCCUGUGGAAAACCUCUGGAAAAUCGGCUCGGUGUCACCCGGAGCCAUCCCCGAGCGCUCCUGCUGCUCCCUUUUGGGUUUUUUUGGGGUAAAUUUAAUCCCUGCUUGACAGGAAAACCCCGAGGCACAGCCAGCUCCUGAGUUCAGCGGGGUGGGUUUGGCUGUUUGGAGCUGUUUUGCUCUUUUAAAAAUCCAAUCCAGGAUUUGUUUCUAUUUAAUCUCGGGGAAAACUCUCCCAAAGCUGCCCCAAUGCCACCGACCCCAAAAGGGAGGCAGCAAUAAUUUGAAUUUUGGAGUCCCUCGGGGUGAUGUCUCCAGCCAUGUCCCACUCCUCCUCUCCUCCCAGCCUGGUUAAAUCCCAAGGAAAUCCCUCUGGAUCCCAUCUGGAGCAUUUUUCUACCCCCAAAAUCCCAAGGAAAUC